UUGUCUGUUUUUGCAGGGAGGCAAGGGGCAAUCGUGUGCACACACACAGCCCAAACAACACACACAUUCGCGCUCUCUUCCCUCCUCCCUCCCAUCUCACCCGGGGUGCUCCAGAUCCUUCCAGCUGUUAACCCAGGGGGGCAAGAAUCGCAGUUUCCUUUGCCAGUAGCGUACAUCCCAGCCCUCCCCACCCACUGGGCAAGACCACUAGAUCAUGAGCAGUUUGUGCUCCUGGGAGGAUUCUGUUUCCAUCCAUCUGGGCCAGCAAGGAGCGAUACCACUGGCAGGCGCAGAAUGUCAAGCACAGCGGGGUGGACGACAUGGUGCUGCUGGCCAAGAUCAGCGAGGACGCCAUCGUGGAGAACCUCAAGAAACGCUUCCUGGAUGACUACAUCUUCACGUACAUCGGGCCGGUCCUCAUCUCCGUCAACCCUUUCAAACAGCUGCCCUACUUCACAGAUCGUGAGAUUGACAUGUACCAGGGAGCCGCCCAGUACGAGAACCCGCCCCACAUCUAUGCCCUGGCCGAUAACAUGUACCGCAACAUGCUGAUCGACGGGGAGAACCAGUGCGUCAUCAUCAGCGGGGAGAGCGGCGCUGGCAAGACCGUGGCGGCCAAAUACAUCAUGAGCUACAUCUCCAAGGUGUCCGGCGGGGGCCCCAAAGUGCAGCACGUCAAGGACAUCAUCCUGAAAUCCAACCCGCUCCUGGAGGCCUUUGGAAAUGCCAAGACUGUGCGCAACAAUAACUCCAGCCGCUUUGGCAAGUACUUCGAGAUCCAGUUCAGCCGAGGCGGGGAGCCCGACGGGGGCAAGAUCUCCAACUUCCUGCUGGAGAAGUCACGGGUGGUGAGCCAGAACCCCGGGGAGAGGAGCUUCCAUGUCUACUACCAGCUGCUGGAGGGCGCCUCCCCGGAGCAGCGGGAGAACCUGGGCAUCACCAGCCCGGAUUAUUAUUACUACCUCAACCAGUCGGCGUCCUACAAGGUGGAUGACAUGAGCGACCGGCAGGAGUUCCAGGAGACGCUGGCGGCCAUGGAGGUGGUGGGGCUCUCUGGGGAGGAGCAGGCCCUGGUGCUGCAGAUCGUGGCCGGGAUCCUUCACCUGGGCAACAUCAGCUUCCGGGAGGAGGGGAACUACGCUGCCGUGGAGAGCGAGGACUUCCUGGCUUUCCCUGCCUACCUCCUGGGCAUCGACCAGGGCCGGCUGAAGGAGAAGCUGACCAGCCGGAAGAUGGACAGCCGGUGGGGCGGCAAGUCGGAGGUGAUCGACGUGACGCUCAACGCCGAGCAGGCCAGCUUCACCCGUGACGCCCUCGCCAAGGCGCUCUACUCCCGGCUCUUCGACUACCUGGUGGACGCCGUCAACAAAGCGAUGCAGAAGGACUACGAGGAAUAUAACGUUGGGGUGCUGGACAUUUACGGCUUCGAGAUCUUCCAGAAAAACGGCUUUGAGCAAUUCUGCAUCAACUUUGUGAACGAGAAGCUGCAGCAGAUUUUCAUCGAGCUCACCCUGAAGGCAGAGCAGGAGGAGUACAUCCAAGAAGGGAUUCGCUGGAGCCCCAUUGAUUAUUUCAACAACAAAAUCGUCUGUGACCUGAUCGAGAGCAAAGUGAACCCGCCGGGGAUCAUGAGCAUCCUGGAUGACGUGUGCGCCACCAUGCAUGCCAAGGGCGAGGGUGCCGACCAGAGCCUGCUGCAGAAGCUGCAGAUGGCCGUGGGCACCCACCAGCACUUCAACAGCUGGAACAAGGGCUUCAUCCUUCAUCACUAUGCCGGCAAGGUCUCCUACGACGUGGAGGGAUUCUGUGAGCGAAACCGCGACGUGCUCUUCAUCGACCUCAUCGAGCUGAUGCAGAGCAGUGAGCUCCCCUUCAUCCAAGACCUCUUUCCUGAGAACAUCAACGCGGAGAAGAAAGGGCGCCCCACCACAGCCGGGAGCAAGAUCAAGAAACAAGCAAACGACCUGGUCAGCACCCUGACGAAGUGUACCCCCCACUACAUCCGCUGCAUCAAACCCAACGAGACCAAGAGACCCCACGACUGGGAGGAGAGCAGGGUGAAGCACCAGGUGGAAUACCUGGGCCUGCGGGAGAACAUUCGGGUGCGCCGGGCCGGCUACGCCUACCGGCGGGUCUUCCAGAAGUUCCUGCAGAGGUAUGCCAUCCUCACCCCUGAGACGUGGCCGUCCUGGCGGGGGGAUGAGAAGCAGGGUGUGGUGCACCUGCUGCGCUCCGUCAACAUGGACCCAGACCAGUACCAGCUGGGCCAGAGCAAGGUCUUCAUCAAGGCCCCAGAGUCGCUGUUCCUGCUGGAGGAGAUGCGGGAGCGGCGUUACGACGGAUACGCCCGGGUCAUCCAGAAGGCCUGGCGCAAGCACGUGGCCGUGCGCAAGUACAUCCGCAUGAGGGAGGAAGCCUCCAACAUCCUGCUGAACAAGAAGGAGCGUCGGCGCAACAGCCUCAACCGCAACUUCGUGGGCGACUACGUGGGGCUGGAGAGCCGGCCCGAGCUGCGGCGCUUCGUGGGCCGGCGCGACCGCGUGGACUUCGCCGACACCGUCACCAAGUACGACCGGCGCUUCAAGAGGGUGAAGCGGGACCUGAUCCUGACGCCCCGGUUCCUCUACCUCAUCGGGCGGGAGAAGGUGAAGCAGGGCCCCGAGAAGGGGACGAUCAAGGAGGUGCUGAAGCGACAGGUGGAGCUGGAGAGGAUCCAGUCGGUGUCUCUGAGCACCUUGCAGGACGACUUCCUCAUCGUCCACGAGCCACAGUACGACAGCGUCCUGGAGUCCGUCUUCAAGACGGAGCUGCUGAGCCUGCUGUGUAAACGCUACGAGGAGAGGACCCACCAGCAGCUGUCCGUGAAGUUCAGCAACCAGCUGGAGUUCAAGGUCAAGAAGGAUGGCUGGGGCCCCUGGGGGGCAGCUGGCUCCCGCCAGAUCCAGUUCCAGAUCUGCCAGGGCGACGUGGCGCUGCUCCGGAACAACGGGAAGGUGCUGAUCGUCAGUAUCGGGCCUGGGCUGCCCAGGAACGCCCGGCCCACACGGCGGGACACCAGGAAGAGCAGGUACCUGAACAGCAGCGGCAUCCCCGGCCGGAACUACCCCCCUGCAGCAGGCAGACACAGGAGCGACACCAGGCAGCGUGGCGGCCCUGGGUCCUGCGCCCCUCCCCAGCAUCGUCUCUCCAUCGCCCGGCAGGGCAGCAUGGAGCAGCCCACUCUGCCCAGGCAUGGAGCCAGCCCCAGGGCCAAAGCCUUCCCUGCCCAGCUCAACCUGGACUUCAUGAACGUGCCGGACCAGGGCGCAGCCGGCUGGCAGCGGAGGCUCUCAAAAGAAGCCAAGCCCGUCCCCGGAGGCGGCCGAGCCAAACCCAAACCCAAGCCAAAGCCCCAGCCGCGCCUGCCCCAGUGCCGCGCCCUCUACGCCUACGAUGCCCAGGACACAGACGAGCUCAGCUUCAAUGCUGAGGAAUACAUUGAACUCAUUAGAGAAGACCCCUCAGGCUGGUGGCAGGGCAGGAUACGAGGGAAAGAAGGACUGUUCCCUGGGAACUAUGUGGAAAAACUCUGAUGGACAUGCCAGCUUCAUUGCUCCAAUUCUGAUCCUGGAAUCUAGGAGGGAAGAGACGUGGCUGCAGGAUCCAAUCAGCCUUGCUCCUGGAUUGUACAUUGCUGCUAGGCUCCAUUGAGGCCACUAAUUUAAGGCAAUUGAGCAGGAGGAGGAUCAUGCUGAGAGAGUCUUCUUCCUCUGAGGUCUUAAGCCCCCAGCAUAUUGCCUUCCUUCUGCUCUGGGGAGGAUGCAGGUUAGCUUGUCUGUCCUCCUGACCGAGGAGCAACUUGGCAGGCACUGGGCCUCCCUUCUCAGGAACCAGCACCUACUGCUUGGACUCAACAGGACAAGACCAGCUGCUCCGUCUUGUUUGCACAGGGUAAAAAAAAAAAGGUCUUCUUCCUCCAUAACUGUAUACAAAGAAUAAAUUGAUGGUUUAUUUUCUACACUAACCUCUACUCUACUUUCAAAAACAGCUGUAGCUUUUUAACUCAAAUCUGUACCAACAAAGCGAGCACGCCUCCAGCCUGGGAGAAGCUGAGUCGAUGUUUUCAUCAGCUCCCAUUUUGAACUGGGGAGCCAGACCUUCUCAGGUGUUACUGGACAAGGCCAGCAGGCAGUAGAAGGCUGCCUGGCUACAUUAGAGAUGUCCUCCAAUUCCUCCUCGGUGAUGGCAGUUUUCCUUUAGUAGUAGCUAUCUAAUCAAAUGCACCAUUCUGGCAGGCAGAGCAGGGCACAGGGAACUCAUCAGUGGAAUGACCGAAGAGCAGGUUUCCCGGGGUUACAUUCAGCUGAUAGUUUGUGCUUUUUUACCUGACCCUGCAGGGGGGGGGUGUCUCCUCCAUUCCCAGGUAGCUAAGGAAUAGUUGGAAGACUCAGAUGCUCCGAAAACCCUAGGUAAAUAGUGGAGUGAGUUUUCCCUUCAAACAAAGGCAACAGCAAGUGGAUGGCAGAACUGGGCCGGUUCAGUAACGGAAAAGCUACAUCAGGCGCUGAUGCUAAAAGUGCCUGCGCUGAAGCCCGUGUCAGGAGAGAUGGACACAGCAGAUUUCAUUCAUUUUUAAAAGGCAGAAUUGUCACAUUUUUUUCCCCCUGCAUUGAGACUGCAGGGAGCUUUCAUUCCCAAGUGUCUGCUUUGAUGUGUCUAGACACCGGACUGCAAGCUAGAAUGAAAACCCAUCUUCUUAAAAGAACAGUUCGUUUCCUACCCUGUUACUUGUCAGAAAGACUUUAAUGUGCCUCUUCCUUAGCGCAGACCCAGACAGCAUAAAUCCUCUAGUUUUGGAUACUCUCACAAAACUCCCAUGUAGACAGUGUAAAUGCCACAUACCUGGGUUAAAGGGGGAAAGUUUCCAAAAAAACCUGUAAGUAGAGAGUCUUUAACAGCUCAGCUGAGCCCUGCCCUGGUGACAAAAAUCAGCCCAAUUGCUCCGCAGUUGGCUACGCACCAGUAGUUCAAAUCCAAUUUUAACUAGAUCAACCGUAGUAGCAUAGAGGGAACGCUGGCCUGUGUAGCGAGCUCUUUGGCUGCAGGAAAGAAGAAGUGUGUUUUUUAAGGGCUAGCAAAGUUCAUCUCUCCUUUAUUGUACUGCUGCUUCCCGGAAGAUCCUGCAGCCUAUAUAAAAAGGAUGCAAUUUUUAUACCCUUAUUGCCAGGCAAAUCUGGUCUUUGCAGGAUUAGUGUAUUCCCAGCAGGUACCAUCCCUCCAGGUUCCUACAUAGCGAGUUAAGAGGUAAGACUGCCCCCCACACUAUGCUUUAAUACAACACAAACCAAUCCACUUUGGCAGUGAACCAGUUGGUACCCAGGCCAUGUGACGCAUGCCAGACUGAUGGGUAGAACCACAUUUGGAACCGGCUUCAGGACCAGGCCCCCAAACCAACUGCAUUGAACGUGACUGUCUAGUUAAAACCUUGGCAACCAUUUAAUUAACACAAUGUACAGCAGAAGUUAAACCACUAAAAGUUUUAAUUGCAUUAUUACUACAAGAAUAAAGAAUACCUGAGAGCCUUUUGCAGUGCCCAUGUUUUUAAUGUAGCAUAAUCAUCAGUUCACAAACCCCCUCUAAAAACAAAAUGCAAAGUCACUUUUUUAUUUUUAAACAGAAGUUAAUCUAAAGGCACUGAACUGCAUGGGAAAUGAGAUCACCAAAGAUUACAAAGCAAUUUGUUUUUCCUCCUCUCUAAAACGGUAGAAACUUUAAGUUUGUCUAUAUUAUUGAACAGCAUUUACACUUCCACAGCUCCAAGCGAAUACAUUUUUUAAUAGUGGAGGUUUUUUGGGGUGGGAGAAGAGACAGUUAAGACAAAGCAAAAAAAACUGGGAGGAAAUUUAAAAUAUGUAAUUACCUUCAUUUCAGCUUGGUUACUCUUGCGAGUAGGACUAAAUGGCUUAAAAAUAUAGUUACCACUCCACUGCAGCUGCUGGCCCUGGGGAAAGGCAGGUUGUAACAACAAGCGUUGGGAAUAUUUGUUUUAUACAGUAAAAAGUGUGGGUUUUUAAAAAACACAAACCCUCAAAUGCUGCUGCAUAAACAUUCAAUUGGAUCAAAAACAUUGUUUAUGAUGAAUUAAAAAAACCAACCAUGGCAUUUGUUCCUUUCAACCAAACCAUCUUCAGAGGGGGAAGAAAGUUAUCCCGCUGAACUUAAAAACAGCAAAUCCGUUUUCUAAAACAAGAAAGAAUAAAUCACACCAGCAGCUUUUUUUUUUUUUUUUUUAGUGUAUGUUACAGAACUUUUUACACAGAGUUUAAGAGUUAUUCACCAUUAAAAAAAAACAAACCCAAAGUUAAGUUACCAAAAUAAGAAUGACUCACACAACACCCGAACUGGAGCACAGAAGCCAAAGCAACAAACGAAACAAGUCAAAAUCGUUUUUCCAAACAGCAUUUAGGGAUGCAGCCAUUUGCACAAUUUUGAAAAUUCUUGUGGAUGCUGCUGCAAUACUGACGGUCCAAACCUGCUAUUAAAAUGCUUCUGCAUCCUUAACUUGGCUGUGAGCUUGGUCACGGGGUAUAGGAAUGCGCUGUCCGUGCGUGAGGGGGCAAGUGCUGAAGUGGCAGAUGAGGGACCCAGAACCCGAAGUGGAGGGGGAGAUGAAAGCUGAACCAAAGGGGGGAGUUUCAGGGCAGUGCUUGCUCUGAUCAGUGGACAUGGCCUGGGGUGGGGUUUUUCCUGCGGAUCUUGGCUCGAGGCCCUGCAGAGUUUGCAAUGCCAGCUGCCAUGAUUUAAGUGUGUGUCGGUCCAAUGGGCCUGUGGGUGUGCAUGGGUGGGGAAUGAAAGCAUCUAUGUCAGUCUAAGAACUGAAUUCUGCAUAAUUUUUUUUAAAGAGGGUUUAGUUUCCCUUUCUGCUUCUAACAAAGCACGUUCUCUUACCCUCUAAAUUAUCAUUAUUUACAACCAGCUGGGACUUUAAGGACAUAAUAGGUUGGAAACCUCUGGCAGGUGCUUUGAACAGACUAGUCUCAGCUCCCUUAGAUUCAAGAACCAAGUUUUCUUAACAGCCCCAAGCAAGUAUAUGGGGUCGCUAUCCUUCUUCUUCUUCACUACUCAGCCUGGGCAACCAGCAUUUCCAAGCAGCAGCAGCAGCAGCACGGAUCUGGGCCCACGGACUUCCACCUUGUCCCACAGAUAAGAUUCAAGCCCAGCCCUCAACCAACUACAUCUGGGGGAAGGGGACUUCGGGUGCAUCCUUUUGGGUGCUUAUCCCCCUUCUCCCUCCCACCACACACCCA